AUGAACCUCCCGAGAGGCAUCUACGUGUCCCCAGAAGACUUCCCUCACAUCUACGCUGACCACUGUAGAAACGAAGGCAAGCGUUUCGUCCCCAGCUGCGUCCAGUUGUCCGAGGGCGGCCCGAUCGACCUCUGCACGCUCUUCAACUGCGUCGUCUCCGCGCAAGGCAGCCUCUCGGCCUCGCACCGGAGGCUCUGGCCAGAGAUCGCGGCGAAGCUGGGCUUCGUGCACGUCCCUGCGACCAACACAGAGCCCGCUCGAUCCAACGCCGAGCUCGCGCGGCAAUUGGAACGGGUAUACGACGUCUACCUCUUCGACUUUGAAUACAUGGUCGUCAACUUCACCGCGCAGUAUAUGAAGGUCACGGAGCUCCUAGGCAUGAUACCGUAUUCUCCUGCCGAGUUGCGUCGGCAGAAGGCCCCUCCGAAAGAAGUUGAGCUGUUGGAGCGGUACUUGCUAUUCUGGCACAUCCUACAUGACAUACAAGAGUUCGACGCGCGUAGGAAGGCCUGCCGCCCGAGGCGUGAUUGGGCAGAGGAACGAGGGGCGCAUCGGUCUCCGCACGCGGGCUUGCGAUACCUAGCAUCGGAUUUCUCUGGUAGCGAUGUUGGGACAAGUGACACAUCCGAGUCGGACGACCGAACCGAACAGCAGCCUUCCACCUCGUACCAAAGCAUCCUAAAACCGCAUGUCGUAGGGCGCAUCCUCUCGUCGACAGAGCUUCGCCAGACAGGUGCCUGGAUAGACAUGGUGUGGCAGGAGUACCUCCGAGACCGGCGACACCAGCCGGUAACGAUCCCCGACGACGAAUGGCCGGUGUUCCACGCGCUCUUCGUGCAGGCCUCGCAGGAGCUCUCGCGCGUGCACAUCGCAACGGUCGUGUGCAUGCUGCGCGAGGAGGACGCGCAGAGUCUCGUAGCGUUGGCGCUCGAGCAGAGGCAGUACGUCGACGCCGGUACGAGGCAGGGCCUCUUCAGUGUGCAGCGGCUCACCUGGCUGCGCGACACGUGGAGAGCGUGGAGGGCGUAA